ACACACGUCCAUCAGAGUCUAACGCGCUAUCAUGUCGGCUUUUAUGAUGGCAGCUAAAUGUGAGGGGGAUCUAGUGUGUCCUCUGUGCCAUGGGGUCUUCAAUAAUCCCACCACCCUACAAUGCAAACACAGCUUUUGCAAAAGCUGCAUUCAGUCACACUGGAAAGCUAAGGGAUUACGGCAAUGUCCCGUGUGUAACCGUGCAGAGAACUCAACCAGACCACCUUCCAUCAAUCUGGCUUUAAAGAAACCUUCAGAUGACCUCAGAAAGAAGAAGGAGCACACUGUGGUAAUAUCAGAGGACCGUUGCUCGCUACACAACAAGGAGAAGUUGUUCUUUUGUCGGAAAGAUGCAGGGUUUAUUUGUGUUGAUUGUACAUCAUCAAGGAGCCACGCAAAUCAUAACUACUGCCUUAUAACUGAGGCAGCAUCGGAUAUAUUGAAAGAACUCACAGCUAGAUACAAUCCCUUCAAAAAACAUCUAAUCAGCUAUGAAAAACUAAAGGAGAACUUGGAAGAACUGGAAGCCUACAUACAGAAACAAGAAGUAGAAACUGCACAGCAAAUAAAGAAAGAGUAUGAAAAGUUACAUGAAUUUCUGAGGGAGGAAGAAAUUGUUCGUCUGAAAGUGCUGCAAAAUGAGAGUAAAAGCAAGAUUGAGGCUGUGAGCGAGCGGCUGGAGGAAGCCCACAAGAUCAUUGAAGACCUCACAGACAUCAUCAACUACAUAGAUCCCAUCGUAACGGCAGACGAUCUAUCAUUUUUUAAGGAAUGUAAGGAGGCAAUAAAAAGGACUCAAUACAUUGUGCCUGAAGCCGAGUAUCCAGAAGGGUCUCUUAUAAACGUGUCUCAAUACCUGGGAUCAAUAAAGCAUGGGGUGUGGAAAAGAAUGGAAAGAGCUGUCAGUCACUGCCUUGUCAAUUUUGAUCCAAACACAGCACAUCCCAACUUGAUCAUCAGUGAUGAACUGACCACCAUUAAAUAUGGGAAAAAACAGCAGGUACCAGAUAAUCCCGAGCGCUGCACAAGCCGCAUGGCAGUACUAGCUGCUGGCAGCUUCAAAUCUGGAAAGCACAGCUGGCAUGUAGAAGUGGGAGACACGAGAGAGUGGUACAUUGGAGUGGCCCGAGAGUCCUUCAGAAGAAAGACUUCAGCUUUCUUCAGUCCCACAGACGGUUUCUGGGUUAUUGGAUUGUGUGAUAAGGAGUACUGGGCUCACACGUCUCCCCGCACACGCCUCGAUCUUAAAAGAAAACCAGAUAUGGUCACAGUAGAACUGGACUAUGAGAAGGGAAAAGUUUCUUUUUGUAAUACUGCAAAUGGUUCAAGCAUUUACACAUUUAAAAACAAGUUUACAGAGCAGAUGUUUCCUUAUUUUUGCAUUGGGAUUAAUGAGGGAAGCACACUUCAAAUCUGUGCACUUUAGUCUGACAGUAUACUGUAAGGUGUACAAAUGCAGAUUUACAAUGUACAAUGAAAAAAAUGUUGGUUCCACUUUAAAAAGGUCACCUGGUUGCCUUAAAAUUUUGAGUUAAUUUAACUUAACUUAUUCCC